AUCAUGCUGCUAUAAAAACACAUGCACACGUAUGUUUAUUGUGGCACUAUUCACAAUAGCAAAGACUUGGAACCAAAUUCUUUCAACUCUUUUAAGGUCCUAACUGAACAUUAUGUGUGUUUCUUAACAUUUACUAGAUCAUAAAUAUCUCAAGAUAGGGAAAUUCGUCUUAUUUAUUGCUGUGUCCUUAGCAUAUAACAUACUGCCUACCCUAUAGUGGAUACUCAAGCAAUAAUGAGGGUGCAGUGGGCACCAGUCACUUUUUCUUCCUAAAAUUAAACAUUUCUCACCUGUGUACCCCCUCAGAAUUGCUUUUCUGAAUGUACUUCAAACAGAACCUGCCAUUUUCUUAAAGCCCAUGCCUCCUUAACCAUAGCAAUUGAUCUAGGGGUGAGCAGUUGACACUGGUAUCCCACCUCCUUGGCCACAGUUGAUCGGUCCAGAGAUGGGCACCUUACCCAAACUAGGCCAAUGAGAGUACUUCCGCCAGCGUUUUGAAAUUUGUGAGAAAAAGGACCUACUAUUACCAGGUAAUCCUAUACUUAGUGGAUGGAGCCCAAAUAUAUAAUAAAAUCAAGAUUCUACUACUUCAUAUCUUGUGGGCCAUGGAUCUUAUAGGAGUCUUAAGGGGGUGUUGGUCUUGUCCUUUUCAUAGUUGCAGGCAUGGUGCAAAGGCAGGACAACCUACCUUUAUCUGCUCCUUCUAUACUACUGAUCCUACCCUAAACAUGUAGGUGUAUAAUCAGAGACAGGAAGCCAUGGCAAAUCUGGAGGGUCUGGACUUGGCUAUAUCUUAAAGAGUUACAUAUAAUCGUGGUUCAACAUUGGUGAAAUUUUCCAAAAAUUGGUGGAGAAAAGAGUGGCCAAUGCAAUUUUAUCUUUCUCUUUUCUGUUGACAUCAGGGAGAGAGAUAAGAGCUUUUAAAAUCAUAAUUAUGGGGAAAUAAUAUUUUAAAAUCUAGCUCAAGUUAAACCCAUCAGAAAAGGUAACACCUUUCAGGACCCCCAAAUGGCCACAUCUUAUCCAAUGAGGGGACACCAGCCAUAGAGUCUAUACUGCACACUUCAAAUGGUAGCCACGAGCUAUCAGGCACUUGAAAUGUGGUGAGUCCUACUUGAGACAUACUGUAAAAUACACACCAGAUUUCAAAGGCUAAGUACAAAAAAGAUGAAAAAUAUCUCAUUCACUGUUUAUAAAUACGAGUUGAAAUGCUUAUAUUUGGAUAUACUAGGUUAAAUGAAAUACAUUAUUAAAAUAAUUUCACCUAUUUCUUUUUACUUUUCUUGAUGUGACUACCAGAAAAUUUAAAAUUACAUAUGUGGUUUGCAUUAUAUUUCUAUUGAACAGCACUCAUCUGUACAUUUCCAGUGAAAUGUUUAGCAUAUGUUGAAGUUACUGCUCCUGAUGCAGUGGCUCAUUUCAGAUAUGGCCAAGUUCUUCUGUCCAAGGAAAACUAGGUUUAACCCAUUCCUGGAGAGGAAGAGACUCAAAUCUUUCUGAGCUGGGUCACUUACCUUGGUUACAUCUGUUCUCCACCUAUUCUACCAGUGCAAUGAAAUGAAAUAUUUCAAACAAAGAUAGAUACAGAAAAUAAUAUAACAAACAAACAUGUGCCCAUCACCUCACUUUGCCAAAUGUUAACAUUUUGUCAUCUUUGCUUAAUGUAUUUUACAAAAUUAAACGUUUUACAUACAGUCUGUAACCCUCCAUGGGGCUGGCAGGAAAGGGUUCUCAUUGUCAAAGUUCAAAGUAAUUGAUCAUUGAAAAAAUAAUGAUCGCAUUAAAAGGAGCCCUUAUAUAAUAGAGAUAUAUAUUGAAAUACUCAUAAAUGAAAUGAUAUCCUGUCUAGGAUUGACUUCAAACACAUCCAGCUGAUGUUACAAUCAUUGGGUGAAUUGCUGAUGUGGAAUUUGACAUUUGUAUGGUGCCAAAAUAAUAUCUCAGAAAUUUCUUUUUGAUUGCUACGGGAAAUGUUAACUUUAGAAUGGAGGUAUCAGGCUAAUCCACGGGUCAAAUUUAGUGUCACUAAGGAUGGGAUGGCCAGAUAUUAUCUACCCCUGAUAUGGCACAAUAUGAAGGACUCAGCAUCAUCUUUGAUGUAUUUUAGCCAAAAAACUUACUUAACUUGAAUCUAAUCGGAACUUAGGUAUAUUCAAUAGCAUGAGAUAUUCUACAGGACUGCAAGCCAACUUUCUUUCACUAAAUGAGUGUCAGGAAAAAAGGGACUACUCCGUACUAAAAGAGAGUGUGGGCCUAAACAACCAGAUGCAAUGUGCAGUCUUAGGUUAAAUUCUGAUUUGGACCAACUAGCUACAAAGGAUGCCUUUGAAGCAAUUAAGAAAAUUUGAGGUGCGCCCAGCCGGCGGGAGCGCGGCGGCCCGGCUCCCGCAGGGCCGCGCCGAGCCUGGCGAGCCCCUGCGACGCUCAGGCGCGGGGCGCGGCAUUUUUAUUCCGGCGACGCUUAAGGGAGCCCGGCCGCGCCCGGUGCAUUGUAGGAGCGGCCCGCGGCCCGUUUUUCGGGAGGCGGCGGAGGGCGCAAAGCGAGCCCGUGGAUCCAUAAAGAUGCCAGCCAACCCGCAGAGGUAGGGGAGGGGCUGAGCUGUGAGGAGAGCGGGGCCCAAGAACCAUGUCUAUGCGGGAGUCGUUUAACCCGAAAAGUUACGAAUUGGACAAAAGCUUCCGGCUAACCAGAUUCACUGAACUGAAGGGCACAGGCUGCAAAGUGCCCCAAGAUGUCCUGCAAAAAUUGCUGGAAUCUUUACAAGAGACCCACUUCCAAGAAGAUGAGCAGUUUCUGGGAGCCGUUACACCAAGGCUUGGCAUUGGAAUGGAUACUUGUGUCAUUCCUUUGAGGCACGGUGGGCUUUCCUUGGUUCAAACCACAGAUUACAUUUACCCGAUCGUAGACGACCCUUACAUGAUGGGCAGGAUAGCAUGUGCCAAUGUCCUCAGUGACCUCUACACAAUGGGGGUCACGGAAUGUGACAAUAUGCUGAUGCUCCUUGGAGUCGGUAAUAAAAUGACCGACAGGGAAAGGGAUAAAGUGAUGCCUCUGAUUAUCCAAGGUUUUAAAGACGCAGCUGAGGAAGCAGAAACGUCUGUAACAGGUGGCCAAACAGUACUAAACCCCUGGAUUGUCCUGGGAGGAGUUGCUACCACUGUCUGUCAGCCCAAUGAAUGUAUCAUGCCAGACAAUGCAGUGCCAGGGAACGUGUUGGUGUUGACAAAACCCCUGGGGACACAGGAGGCAAUGAUGAACAUGGCAAGGCUCAACAAGACAGCUGCAGGACUUAUGCACACGUUCAGUGCCCACCCAGCCACUGACAUCACGGGCUUCGGGAUUUGGGGCCAUGUGCAGAACCUGGUCAAGCAGCAGAGGAACGAGGUGUCGUUUGUAAUUCACAGCCUCCUGGUGCUGGCCAAGAUGACUGCGGUGAGCAAGGCCUGUGGAAACAUGUUCGGCCUCAUGCACGGGACCUGCCCAGAGACCUCAGGUGGCCUUCUGAUCUGUUUACCAUGUGAGCAAGCAGCUCGGUUCUAUGCAGAGAUAAAGUCCCCCAAAUAUGGUGAAGGCCACCAAGCAUGGAUUAUUGGGAUUGUAGACAAGGACAACCGCACAACAAGAAUGAUAGACAAACCCCGGAUCAUCGAGGUCGCACCACAAGUGGCCACUCAAAAGGUGAAUCCCACACCUGGGGCCACCUCUUAAUCUAGACAGAAAUAGUUGUUCGGUUUUGAUUUUAAAUAGAUCUGUUUCCCUUACCACUUCAAUUAAAAACAAAAAUCUCGUGUCUACACAUCGGGGUGACCUUGGGUCUGUUUGUAAGUGGAUACAAUUAAUAAAAUAAAAUCCAUUUCUUUUUUCCUGUUACAUUAACUGAAGAUGCACCUAAUCUUGAAGCAGCUUCUGAGUUGAGAAUUAUAUUGUUAUCCAAUACUGUUGAUUCAUUUUGAAUCUUUAGACACUUAUCUCUUGCUGCAUAGGCUCUUUUUAAAGGUGCUUUCACAUAGCACAGACAUUACCAGUAGUCAUGUCAAAUAGCAGUUGGUGUCUUCAUUUUAUGUAUACUUAUCAUGUAAGUCUGAUUUUUUUUUUUUAAGCGUCUUGAAUGGUUUUCUGGAGAGCCAGCACCGGUAAGUGGCACAUGAUGGUAUCCCAGUCAUAUCCCAGUCAUAGGAGGGUUGCAUGAUUCCUUUGAGUGUUUGAUUUGAAAAGCCUAGUCUUGUCUCUCAAGAGCAUCUUGAACCCAGAACAUUCUCCAGUAGUGCAUUCAGUUCAACAUGGCAAAUGCUUCACUGCAUGGAAAACCCUUUGAAGACAAAAAAGAAAUCUUAUUUCUUUUUUUGUAGCCUUCCUGAUAUUUACAGUAAUAUUAACUGUUUUAUCAAUAGCAAAAAAGGAUACUUUUUGCAAUGUAAUUAGAUGUUCUAUAGUGCUACAAGGAAUUGCCUUCCGAAUGGAGGUUCAUGUAUAAUACUCAUUUACAAUUCAAUAUGUAAUUACGCAAAUAAUUUUUAAAUAUAAUCAAUAAUAAAGACUGUUCUGUGGAUGGUAGUGUUUAAUAUAUUUUAUAUUUUGUAUAGUGAUUUCAGGCCUUUUGUUUCCUUAAAAUCAGCAGCUGUUUAGCCUAAUUCUUAGCAUUAUUUUGUCCUUUGCGCCAGUACUUUUUUGUGCACCCUUUUCGUGAUCUGUGUUAAAAACCUGCAUUGCCAACGUUGCAGCUCGAACUUAAAACUUGUUAUUCAAAUAAAUAUUUAAUUUUUUAAAUUGCUUUUGUAUAAUCAGAUGCCCCUUUUAGUAUUAUUUUAGAAGCAUUGGGAGAGUUUUGCCUAAAGUACAAUUUAUCGGGAAAAAACUAGAUUUUAGUUUUAUAAAACUUUUAAGUCUUUCAUGGGACCUAUAUUUUCUUGAAUUAAAUUUUGUAGUUCUAGAAUAAAUAGGCAACCUAAAAAGGUGUUAUUUGUGUUUCGUAAAGUGGAGGCUUCCUUAUAUUUUAACCUACUGAGCAAAGAGGAGGGAUUCCUGUCACUAAGCACAAGGGCACUGGAUCCUCGAGUGCCCACCUUCAUGAGAGAAAAAGCAGCACAUCCUGCAUGUUUCUGGUGCUUCCUGCUCACAGGCAUCAAAGCCGCACGUGUAAACUGACUUCUUGCCAAAGGAAAUGACCCCUGGGAAGAUCAAGCUCCUGGAAGAGGCUUUAACUCCGACGCGACCUCUUCUGGGAACCAGCGGGCAGGGCAGCCUUUAUGCAUGUGUAACUGGACCUCCACCCAUAAGCAUAGUGUGCAAUUUGGAAGAGCCUGCUAUGGAACUGAAAUUGGUUGGACAUUUUAUAGGAAUUGAUAUACAGAUGUUGGUCCUCAAAAGCUACAAACCAGUGGUCUGCAAAAUAAAAUGUGUUGGAAACCUCUGAGUAAAAAAAAAAAAAAAGAAAAUUUGAAUAUUGCAUUGAUAUUAGGUGAUAUUAACUGGAUCAGGUGUGCUAGUGUCAUUUUGUAUAUGUGGGAAAAUUUUUUUUAAAGAUGACUUCUAAAGUAUAUAGGAGUGGACUGUCAUGAAAUUUGUAAUGUACAUUAAAAUGCAUCAUCAUAAAAAGUGUGUUGAAAGAAAAAAGUGAAAGUAGCAAUGCAAUUCCAAGAAUAAUUUUCUAAUAUCCACUCACAAAAAUAUUAAAUUCUUUAUAUUAAACACAUGAAAAAUGACGCAAAUAUAUCUAUCUUUUAAGAUUCAUCUCAAAUUCCACCUCCUUCAUCAAGCAUUACUGAAGAGUAGGAAGCUUGUUUACUACUUUUUUUAUCCACUGGGUUGCUCGCUCCAUAAGCAGAGACUUCUAUCUCGAUCUUUAUAUUUUCAGCUUGUAACUGAGUCUGGUAAAGAAUAAGAACUCAAUAAAUAUUUGUGAAUAAAUAGGUGAAUAUUUCCACAUGGUAUUAUAAUUAUAUCUUUAUAUGUCUAUGUCCCCCACCAAACAUAGUGUUGUACCGCUAGGAAAGAACAAAGUUUAAGAAAUUUUCUUAAACCUCUCUUUCUUACCCUUCCCUGACCCUC